AUGGGGGUCGGUACUCCACCACAGCUGAUAACGGCGAUCUUGGACACGGGAAGUAGCGAUCUCAUCAUUUCAGGGACAGGCAGUGAAAUCUGUCAAGACAAACAGGAGCAAUGCUCUGGCACACCUUUCGUCACUGGUUCGUUCGAUACGGAUCGUGACACUAGUAUUACAGAUGCCAAUACAGAGCUCAACACGAGUUUUGCAAACGGUGCUGUGUUCCAAGGAGGAUUCAUCAAGACAAUACUGACGCUCGAUAACCAAAGUGUGUCGGAUUCACAACCUAGAGUCAUCGAGCAAGGUUUGCUGCCUUCUGGGAAUCCACUUUUUUCCAUAUUCGGUAUCGGUCCUAUUGAGAACGGAGUUGUCCAGCCACCGUACCAGAAUACAUUGGCCAAUCUCAAGGAUACUGGUGCUAUCAAUACCAAUGCUGAUAUCGGUAUCCUCUUGACAGGCAGUCCAGAGGGCUCUAUUGUGUUCGGCAGUGUUGACACCGCGAAGUUCCAAAGCCCGCUCCAAGAUGUAGGAUCACUUUUGUUGAACAAUAGAGGCGUUGCGUCGCAAUUUGUGAUCGAUUUCAGCUCCAUGCAGUUGGUCAGCGGCAACCCAUCCUCCUCGAGAUCCAACGUGGACUUAGCACCACGGGACGGCCUCCCUCCGGCGUUGAUGGACACUGGAAACCCCUCGCUGAACAUUUCAUCAGCUUCUCUACGCGCCAUGGCCAUGGCUAUAGGUGCGAGUUUUGACGAUCAAGCUGGUCAGAUGGGCAGUGUGCCGUGUAAUCUUGGCUCUCGCGGAGAGAGCCUCUCAUUCGGCUUCAACAACAACCAAGCGAAGAUCAGCACUCCUUUGGCUGCGAUGUUUGUUCGAGAUUCGUCUUCGGGCACGACUGAAUGUUUCCUAUCGAUGUUUUCUCCAGAUGGGGAUGAUACAGCAAGCCUAGGCGCUCCAUUCAUGCAAGGAGCUUACAUCGUUUUUGAUCUGGAUCAAAAAAAGAUCAUGAUGGCAAAUGCAAACAUCAAUGCUACCAAUUCGAACCUGCAGAAGUUAGACGUGUUGUAG